AAAACUAGGUAUACACGGAACAAACAACGAUCGGACAUUGAAAAUCAGAAUCGCAGCCAAAAAUUCACCAUAUAACAUUAUGACUCGACAAAGCGACCGUAGCGGGCUCUGCGAGCGGCGUUAUCGACACGAAGAGCUCGGGGAAGCAGUAGUAUGUACUAGAGGAACGCUUCUCAUACACGUUCGUCAUUCAGGGGGGAGUGGCAGUGUUUUAAAGUAUUUCCUUAUUUGUCGAAGUAGUCUCCAAAAUUUCGACGCGCUCCUCUCGCGAUCUUUUGCGAGCUCCUCCGAUUCUCGAUUAUCGCAACGAUGACAAAAUAUAUCCUUGUUUCCGGAGGCGUUGUUAGCGGGAUCGGGAAGGGUGUUAUCGCCUCCUCAACAGGCCUACUCCUCAAGACCGCAGGCCUCAAGGUUACAGCAAUUAAAAUAGAUCCUUACAUGAACAUAGAUGCCGGUACGAUGCGACCAACAGAACAUGGUGAAGUCUACGUUUUAAAUGAUGGCGGUGAGGUGGAUCUAGACCUGGGGAACUAUGAAAGGUACCUCGACGUCACACUCUCUAAAGACAACAACAUCACUACGGGAAAAAUCUAUCGUGAAGUGAUUGAAAAGGAGCGGAGAGGGGAGUACCUUGGAAAAACGGUGCAGAUAGUGCCGCACGUGACGAACGCCAUUCAAGAUUGGAUAGAGCGUGUUUCCAAGAUACCGGUGGACGAAUCGGGAGAGGAACCUGAUAUCUGUAUCGUGGAGCUGGGCGGCACUGUCGGAGACAUUGAAUCGGCGCCGUUCAUAGAGGCGAUGCGCCAAUUUCAAUUUCGCGUUGGACAUGAUAACUUCGCACUAAUCCACGUUUCACUUGUGCCUGACAUGCACGGUGAGCAGAAAACAAAACCGACUCAAACCACUGUCCAUGCGUUGCGUGGGCUCGGUCUGCUCCCUGACCUAAUCGCGUGCCGGUUAUUGGGACGCCAGCCCCUUGAAUCCUCCACCAAGGACAAAAUUUCCAUGUUCUGCCACGUUGCGUCGGAGCAGGUGAUAGGUGUCCAUGAUGUUUCGUCUGUCUACCACGUCCCUCUCCUUUUGCAGUCACAGCGAAUUAUUGAGUAUCUCCGUAAGCGGCUUAAUCUCGCAAGUUUGAACAUCACGGAGGAGUGGGUUUCCAAAGGGCUGUCCUUGGAAAUGAAGUGGAGAGCCGUGACAAAAGGGCAAGAACGCCUCUUCGACGAGGUCAAAAUCGUUCUUGUUGGGAAGUACACCGAUUUAAAAGACUCGUACAUGUCCGUCAUCAAAGCCCUUGAGCAUUCUGCGUUCCGCGUUCGCAGGAAACUCAUCAUUCAGUGGGUUGAGUCAUCGGACCUGGAGCCUUCAACGCAGGAAUCUGAUCCUGCUAAAUACCACGAUGCUUGGCGAGCAGUUGUCGGUGCUGGCGGGAUUCUGGUUCCCGGUGGGUUCGGAAAGCGCGGCACGGAAGGUAUGAUUCUUGCCAUCAAAUGGGCACGAGAGCAGAAAGUCCCUUUCCUUGGUAUCUGCCUGGGCUUCCAGAUGGCUGUGAUAGAAUGGGCACGUAGCGUGCUCAACAUACCAGAUGCUCAUUCGGCUGAGCUCGUUCCCGACACGCAGAAUGCUUUUGUCAUCUUCAUGCCGGAGAUCUCACGCACUCAUAUGGGCGGAACAAUGCGCCUGGGUCUUCGACCCACUGUAUUUGACCGUGAGUUCGAGACUUGGUCCAAGGCUCGCAAGUUAUACGGCGGCAAUGAAAAAAUGUGGGAAAGGCAUCGACACCGAUACGAGGUCAACCCGGAACAGGUGCAGCGUCUGCAGGAGAGCGGUCUUACAUUUGUGGGCAAGGACGAAAAAGGGGAGAGAAUGCAAAUCCUUGAACUCAAAGAUCACCCAUUUUUCAUGGGUUUACAAGCCCAUCCUGAACUGUGCUCGAGACCACUCAAUCCUUCACCGCCCUUCUUAGGCUUCAUUGCGGCGUCUUCCGGACAAUCUGAUUUAGAAGAACAGAUUCAAGUGCAACUGAAAUCCUUCCGCCCACCUCACCCCGAACAUUCGAUGGUUAGUGAAGAGGCGCUGAGGACAAGUACGCAGGAACACCCAAUUGCCAAUGGUGUCGGAACUAUGACACCGCUAACCGACUAAACACAUGUAGCUCGUCUAGUAAUACAUCACACUGCACUCGGUAGGUCCAUACUGUGUGACUAAAUAUUCAGCGCACCAUAAAGGUAUUCCACUUGCAUUUCGAGAAUCUUAGAUAUAGAUCUCAAGAUUUCAUAUUUGUACUUUGCGAUCCUGAUAUUGGCAUAAUGUAUUUUUAAGGAACGCAUGCCCGCCUUCUGCUCACCGAUGCUAAU